UUAUUUUUUUCUAAUCCUGCAGGGAAGCACAUAACUCCUGGGGAGGAGUCGGUAACCCUCGACAACGGAGGUUUUACUUCUCUGGAAUUAAACAGCAGAACGCUCAACACCAAGAACUCUUUUUUAAAAAAGAACGGGACACGGUCUCCACCCAGGCCAAGUCCAGGUGUGCUGCACUAUUCUGAUGAGGAUAUCUGUAACAACUAUAACGGAGCCGUGCUUACUGAAAGCACCAUGCUUACAGAGAAACCCACUGAGGUCUCUGAAUCAGAGUUAACGGACAGCGACUAUGAGGACGAACAGCCAAAGCAUUCCUUUGUCAACCACUACAUGAGUGACCCCACUUACUACAACUCCUGGAAGCGGCAGCCCAAAGGCCUCAAAGGGACGGGGAGUCCUUUCGCCUACGAGGAGUGCGCCACCGUUGACACGGAGCCCUACUACCAAACCGUGGUCACGCAACACAGCACAGGGGGGGCGUACACACCCACGGGACAGCCCGCGCACACACAUGUCAACCCCAGCACCAACCCACCGGGGUCACGCACCCCUGUGACAGGAUUCUCUUCGUUCGUUUGACUGUAGAGGGAAGCAUUUGCACAAAGAUACACAAACACACUCACACUAAUAAGGAAGGCAUGGGGGUGCUGCUGUGUGUUUGGACUGAAGGAACUGGGAACAACACAGCCCGUCACGCCCCAAAGACCUAAACCCACACGUCUUACUCGCCUUCCUCUCUGCUCAUUAAGACCCUGUGUUCAAUGUGUGCUCUUCUUCUAAGUGUGCUUAAGCGCACGGUUACAGUCCUCAUGUUCCACGAAUUCUCACCAGCUUUUUCCACAAGAUGCUCCUGCUCACUCCAAAGACUCUCCAUGGAGAGCCAUGGUGACUGCACCUAUCGGUUGAGCCGAUUAAUGUCUUUCUAAGACCUCCCUAGAGCUGGAAUAUGCUGGAACUUCUGCACAAAAACUUCUCAUCUGUUUUUCUUUAUCAUCACUUAAGUGCACAAGUUCCCACUCAUGCACUCUCUGAUGCACCAAUUUGCAUCUCCAGCAGAGAGACGAGAACUUAAAGGCUCACAUAAGUGAGCUGCUUUUUUUUUUUUUGACGGACUGGUUCAUGCACUCAAACGCAGCGCUGCCAGCUUUGUGAAAUCACAGCUGAGAAGAAAGGAGAAAAAUGUUUGAUAAUCACAGCUUUUUGAAUUCGAAAAGGACAGAGUGAGCAUGAUCAGGUGUUUUGAGCACUUAACUGUGUUGUCAGAGUGUUGAGCAGUCUCUGAGAGUGAUGUGUUAUGUUUGAGUUGAAAUACAGUACUUUGGAAUACUUUUUUUCCCCCUCCAUUUUGCCACAUUAUAACCACAAACUGCAGUUUGUUUGGUUGUGAUUCUAUAUGAUACACCACCACAAAAUAGUGCUUAAUUGAAAAGGGUAAGAAAAAGAAAAAAAUGGUUUGCAAACCAAUUUAUAGAAAAUCUGAAAAGUGUGCUGUGUGUUUGUAUUCAGUCCUAGGUCAGCACUUAUUAGUACCACAGUUUGCUGCAUAUACAGCUGUACAACAUGGUUCAGUUCUAUUUCAGAUUUGCAAAUCAUUCGAUUGAAAUUUUAUUUUUUUGCCGAAUAGCUGAAA